UUUGCUGAUUUUUUUUACAUCGACACUUUGUCAACGUUUCAACUUUCCACUUCUAUCAAUACUUCUUCUUCAAUAUCGUUUACGAAUCUCACAAAUCUAUUCAAUAUUUCAAACCACGCAUUCUCAACGUCUUGUGUUAACAAUACUACGAUAUUUUUGUAUGGCGGUCAAAUGUUCGAUGUGGACAAUAGUAGCAGCCUAGUAUAUUUUAUUGAUACUGGAUUAGGUCUAUGGAUUAAACCAAAAAUCUCUGGUCCAUCGCCGGGUCGAAGAAGAAAUUUGAUGGGUGUUAUUAACAAUGCCGGAAAGAUUUAUUUGUAUGGAGGAAUUGAUGAAAACCAAAAUGUAAUGAAAGAUAUGUUCGUGUUGGAUACCCUUCUUUUGAUAUGGGAGAGUGAGAUGAACACAACGGC